AUGUCGCCAUCUGCUGAUUCAACCACUAGAAUGUCCUCUAACGAUCAACACCUAUCCAUCGUUGUCACUGGCGGUGCAAGUGGUAUUGGGUUGGCCAUCACCCGUCACUUUGCUGCCCAAGGUCAUAUGGUGGCCGUUCUCGACGUCAACUCAAAGACAGGACCUGAUGUUGUGGCAGAGGUAGCAGAAGCUCAUCCCCAAGCGAAGUUGAGUUUCAAGUGGUGCGAUGUUUCGUCAUGGGAAGGACAAUACGCGGUCUUUGAUCAGGUCUAUCGCGAACACGGAGACCGAAUCGACAUUGUCAUUGCCAAUGCAGGAAUCUCUGAUCCUGUAGUCGGAGCUCUCGAUUGCGUUGGCCUUGCUGUGCAUUACAUGCUCAAGAAUGAGAUCGGAAGUCGUCUCCCGAACUCGCGAGGCUCCAUUGUUUGCACAUCAUCAUCCGCGGCCAUCUAUCCGUUCCCUGUUUCACCACUCUACUCCGCAGCCAAGUCUGGCAUUAUAGGACUGGUUCGUUCGAUGGCUAUCAGACUUGAAGAACCCAAGAUACAGAUCAACGCGCUUGCACCUGGAGUCUUGGAAACAAACAUCACGCCGGAUAAGGAACUCUUCAAGGCCAUGAUAAUCACGCCACUCUCAACUUUGACAAAGGCUGUUUCACAAUUCGUGACUGACCCGUCUAGAACUGGGCAGGUGGCGGAACUGAAUGAGGAGACUAUUACACUGAGACCUCAUGCGGAUUAUGCUGAUGCUGGAGCGGAGCAUAACAACAAGAUGUUUUACAAAUUAGGUCAUGCAUGA